CGGAGGGGAGAGUGGGCGCCAUCUUCUUCUAGGCUCACUGAGGGCUCUACCUGUUUUGGGGAGGCAGCUUCGACGAGGAGUGCUCCCCGUCCCCAGCCUUGUGGUUCUGACUCGGCAGCAGCGUUAAGUUGCUUUUACAGAAUUAACAGGUCUCCAAGAAAUAAAAAAAGGUCAUUAUUGCUGUGGUUUGAGCUCAGCAUGGCUGUAGUCAUCCGUUUACUGGGGCUUCCUUUUAUUGCGGGGCCUGUGGAUAUUCGUCACUUCUUCACGGGAUUGACUAUUCCUGAUGGAGGAGUGCAUAUAAUUGGAGGGGAAGUUGGGGAGGCUUUUAUUAUUUUUGCAACAGAUGAAGAUGCAAGACGUGCCAUAAGUCGUUCAGGAGGGUUUAUCAAGGAUUCAUCUGUAGAGCUCUUUCUUAGUAGUAAGGCAGAAAUGCAGAAGACUAUAGAAAUGAAAAGAACUGAUCGCAUGGGAAGAGAUCGACCAGGAUCUGGGGCACCAGGGGUUGGCAGCUUAUCUAAUUUUGUUGAGGCGCUUAAAGAAGAAGCAAGUAAUUCUGGAUAUGGCUCUCCAGUUAAUCAAGAUGCUGGGUUUCAUACUAAUGGUACAGGACAUGGUGAUUUAAGGCCAAGAAAGACACGGCCAUUGAAAGCUGAAAAUCCUUACUUGUUUCUGCGAGGUUUGCCUUACUUAGUAAAUGAAGAUGAUGUACGUGUCUUUUUCUCUGGUUUGUGUGUGGAUGGAGUAAUUUUCUUAAAGCAUCAUGAUGGCCGAAAUAAUGGUGAUGCCAUAGUAAAAUUUGCUUCAUGUAUUGAUGCUUCAGGAGGUCUUAAAUGUCAUAGAAGUUUUAUGGGUUCAAGAUUUAUAGAAGUAAUGCAAGGCUCAGAACAACAGUGGAUUGAGUUUGGUGGUAAUGCAAUGAAGGAGGAUGACAUUCCUAUGAGGACUGAAGAACAUUCUCCACCAAGAGGAAUUAAUGAUAGACAUUUUCGGAAACGAUCUCAUUCAAAAUCUCCCAGAAGGACACGUUCUCGUUCUCCUCUUGGAUUUUAUGUUCACUUAAAAAAUCUGUCCCUAAGUAUUAACAAAAGAGAUUUAAGAAAUUUCUUUAGAGAUACUGAUUUGACUAAUGAACAGAUUAGGUUUUUAUAUAAAGAUGAAAGAAGAACAAGAUAUGCCUUUGUGAUGUUCAAGACUCUGAAAGACUAUAAUACUGCUCUAGGUUUACAUAAAACUGUUUUACAAUAUCGCCCAGUUCAUAUCGAUCCAGUUUCUAGAAAACAGAUGCUGAAGUUCAUUGAGUGUUGAAAGAAAAGACCAGCCUCAAUAGAGAAAGAGAAGCUUGGACACAUUUCACAAAAAUACUCUCAAGAAGGCUACUCUGGCCAGAAACUGUGCAUAUAUAUAAGAAAUUUUCCAUUCGAUGUUACAAAAGUUGAAGUGCAGAAGUUCUUUGCAGACUUUUCUCUUGCUGAGGAUGAUAUUUACUUGCUUUAUGAUGACAAAGGAGUUGGUCUGGGAGAAGCAUUGGUGAAAUUCAAAUCAGAAGAACAGGCCAUGAAAGCUGAACGUUUAAAUCGUCGAAGAUUCUUGGGGACAGAGGUUUUGUUAAGGCUUAUAUCUGAGGUACAAAUGCAGGAGUUUGGUGUAGAUUUUUCUUUAGUGUCCAGUGAGAGAAUACAUGACCAUUCACAGUCGUGUGAUAGAGAUGAUCAUUUCCAUUCAUUUGAUUCAAAUGAUCUACCGGUAUACUCAGUUGGCCCUUCUGAAAACUUAAGGCAUCAGCAAGAGGACUUGAGGCAACUGGACAGUUUCAAGCAUUCCCAGGGGGAUUUCCGACUGCCUGAUAGGCGCCCUCCAGGAGACUUCAGGCAUUCCCCAGAGGAUUUCAGGCGCUCUCCGGAAGACUUUAGGCGCCUUCGGGAGGAACAUUUCAGGCGACCGCCUGAGGAUGACUUCAGGCGUCCUUGGGAAGAGGACUUCAGGUACCCUCGAGAGGAGGAUUUCCGGUACCCUCGGGAGGAGGACUGGAGGCGGCCACCUGAAGAGGAUUUCAGACGGCCUCCCAAGGAUGACUUCAGGAGACCCCCUGAGGAAGACUGGAGGCGGCCCCCUGAGGGAGACUUCAGACGGCCACCUGAGGAGGAUUGGAGGCGGCCUCCCGAGGAAGACUUCAGACGGCCUCCCCCAGGAGAAUGGAGGAGACCACCUGAGGAAGACUUUAGGCGGCCCCCUGAGGAGGAUUUCAGGAGACUUCCAGAGGAAGACUUCCGGCGGCCCCACGAGGAGGACUUCCGGCGGUCUCCUGAGGAAGAUUUCAGGCAUUCAGAGGAUGACUUCCGGCGGCCUCCUCCGGAGCACUUCCGGCGGCCGCCCCCGGAGCACUUACGCCGGCCACCGCCGGAGCACUUCCGUCGACCGCCUCAGGAGCAUUUCCGCCGGCCGCCCCAGGAGCAUUUCAGACGGCCAUCGCAGGAGCAUUUCAGACGGCCGCCUCAGGAGCAUUUCAGGCGGCCACCACCCCAGGAGCAUUUUAGGCGCCCCCGAGAGGGAUUUAGGCACCCACUGGAUGAAGAUUUCAGGGGCCCUCCCAAUGAAGACUUUGGGCACCCUCCUGAUGAGGACUUCAGGAGUCCCCAGGAGGAAGAUUUUAGAUGCCCUUCUGAUGAGGACUUUCAGGCGGCUCCAGAGGAAGACCUCAGGGAAGCUCCGGAGGAGGACCCUAGACUUCCCGACAAUUUUAGACUUUCUGGUGAGCAGUUUAGGAGCCCCCCUGAUGAUUUCAGAAGUCAUCGCCCUUUUGUGAAUUUUGGUCGCCCAGAAGGUGGCAAGUUUGAUUUUGGAAAGCGUAAUAUGGGAAGUUUUCCUGAGGGGAGAUUUAUGCCUGAUCCGAAACUAAAUUGUAAUUCAGGUAGAGUAAUACCCAUUAAGAUAAUGAAUCUUCCAUUUAAAGCUAAUGUUAAUGAAAUUCUAGACUUUUUCCAUGGUUAUAGAGUCAUACCCGACUCAGUUUCAAUACAGUAUAAUGAGCAAGGACUACCUACAGGGGAAGCCAUUGUUGCCAUGAUAAACUACAAUGAAGCUAUGGCUGCUAUUAAAGAUUUGAAUGAUAGGCCAGUUGGCCCCCGGAAAGUUAAGUUAAUUUUGCUUUAGAAAGCAUUUCUAAAUUCAGUUGCCUCCCCACAGUAUUGAUGCCGUAAAAAUGCAUUUAUGUUUUUUUAAAGUGUUGAUUUUUAAUUGUCUCAUGAAACAUUUAAAUUUUGACUGUGAAUAGAACAAAUGUAAAUAGUAGAAUGUGAAUCUGGUCUUCUUUUGCUUGCAAAUUUCCAUUCACUUUUUCUAACUUUAAAUUAAAAUGCUCAUUUUUUUUCACAGUGGAGAGAACUAAUUCCCUGAGUGCAUUAAUUUUUGUUGAUGUCACAAGUAAACGUCAAGACUUGUAUAAAGUAGAACUGUAUUUGGGGAAGAUAAGUUUUAUAUCCACUUUUGUUUUCAUUCUGUAGUUUACAUUUUUAUUCAAACUGUAUAAAGAAGUGGUCAGUGACUGAUUGUUCAGGGUUAGCAUUUUCAUUGCUAAUUGCCUGCAGACUUAGUGCCCUUUUCCUUGUCUGAGACAUUACUGUGUUAAUAAGCCUCUCAUUAAUCAUAAGUAGUUCAAAAUGGACAGACUGUGAACUUGAAGUUUACUUAUGUAAAAAACUUAGCAAAUUCUUAAAGUUUCCAUGUUCAUAACUUUCAAAGAUUUAUAAAAAUAAAACUUGCAACUAAAUAGACCAACUAA